UUCCAUCCCACUGUGGAUCGGAACUGCACUUGCCCUCAGUGCUCUCUUGAUCUCCGUCUUGGCUAUGCGUGGCACCAACUGCUGUGGCACCAACUGCUGUGGCACCAGCUGCUGUAGUGACAACACCCAGAAGAUGCUGUUUGCAGGUAGCCUCCUGUACCUGAUAUCCUGCCUGGUGACACUGGGACCCGUCAUCUGGUUCACAGUCAGUUUGGGUCAUGGUGGGCUCAGAAACAUUGGAGAGUGUGUCUACCUGGUCUGGGUGUCUGAGGUGUUUCUGCUGGCUGCUGGAGUGCUGCAACUGAACCUCUACCACCCCUGCAGACGGAAAGAGGAAGUGACACAGAACUGCACCCCACCUCUGGAGCACGAGGAUGAGGAAGAGAGGAUAGUGCACCUAUGUCGCCGCCGCAGUGAUGGGGCGCUCGUCAUUUUGAAGGAGAUUCCUGUGGAGCAGAUGACGAGGGACGAACGUCUCGCGGCACAGAACGAGUGCCAAGUUCUAAAGUUACUCAACCAUCCAAACAUCAUCGAAUACUAUGAGAACUUUCUCGAAGACAAGGCUCUCAUGAUAGCAAUGGAGUAUGCGCCAGGCGGGACAUUAGCUGACUACAUACAGAAGCGAUGCAACUCCCUGCUGGAUGAAGACACCAUCUUGCACUUCUUCGUUCAGAUUCUGCUGGCCCUCUACCAUGUGCACAACAAACUUAUUUUGCACAGGGACCUGAAGACCCAAAACAUACUGCUGGACAAACACCAGAUGAUUGUCAAAAUCGGGGACUUUGGCAUCUCCAAAAUACUUGUUAGCAAGAGCAAGGCGUACACUGUGGUGGGUACCCCCUGCUACAUCUCUCCAGAGCUGUGUGAGGGGAAACCCUACAACCAGAAGAGUGACAUCUGGGCACUGGGCUGUGUGCUCUAUGAGCUGGCCAGCCUGAAGAGAGCUUUCGAGGCAGCAAACCUGCCCGCCUUGGUUCUGAAGAUCAUGAGCGGCACCUUCGCCCCGAUAUCGGACCGCUACAGCCCCGAGCUGCGUCAGCUGAUCCUGAACAUGCUGAAUCUGGACCCCUCGAAGCGGCCGCAGCUCAACGAGAUCAUGGCCCACCCCGUCAUCAUCCGGCCCCUCCUCAACCUCCACACCGACAUCGGCAACGUCAAGAUGCGCAGGAUAGAGAAGCCUCUGGCUACGUUUCCAGCAGGCCCUCAUGGCCGACCAGGAGGCAGAGUGGCGGGCACACGAACACGAGAGGGCCUGGGCUCCAGCAAGAUGCUGCACUCCCUUCCCCAGUCCUCGGUCUACACCUGGGGCAGCGGCAUCUCCUCCCCCCUGCGCCUGCCCAUGCUCAACACCGAGGUGCUGCAGGUGUCUCUGGGACGCACCCAGAAGAUGGGGGUCACCAAGUCCGGACGUCUCCUCACCUGGGAGGCCCCGUCGCUGGGUCUGGGUGAGCCCAGCCUGCCCGGAGCGGUGGAGUCCAUGCAGCCCAUGUUCAUCUCCCGCUUCCUGGAGGGCCAAUCGGGCGUCACCAUCAAAUCCGUCUCCUGUGGAGACCUCUUCACCGCCUGCCUCACCGACCGCGGCAUCAUCAUGACGUUUGGCAGCGGCAGUAAUGGAUGUCUGGGGCACGGCAGCUUCAACGACGUGACACAACCUAAGAUCGUGGAGGCCUUGCUGGGCUAUGAGCUGGUGCAGGUGUCCUGUGGAGCCUCCCACAUCCUGGCAGUAACCAAUGAGGGAGAGGUCUUCUCCUGGGGCCGCGGUGACAAUGGUCGUCUGGGGCUGGGUAACCAGGACUCCCACAACUCCCCGCAGCAGGUGAGCGUGCCGGCUGAGUUCGAGGCCCAGAGCGUGCUGUGUGGAGUGGACUGCUCCAUGAUCACCAGCACCCAGCUGCACAUACUGGCCUGUGGCAGCAACAGGUUCAACAAGCUUGGGCUGGACCGCAUAGUCGGAUCAGAGGAGCCUCCCCCCGCAGAUCAGGUGGAGGAGGUCCAGACCUUCUGCCCCAUCCAAUCAGCUCCUCUGAAUGUGGAGAAGAUUGUUUACAUCGAUAUUGGAACAGCCCAUUCUGCUGCAGUCACAGAGAAGGGUCGGUGCCUGACGUUCGGCAGUAACCAGCACGGCCAGCUGGGCUCCAGCUCCAGACGGACCAGCAGGGUGCCCUACCAGGUGCCCAGGCUGCAGGGCAUCAGCCGGGUAGCCUGCGGAGACGCCUUCACCCUCGCCAUUGGAGCCGAUGGCGAGGUCUACACUUGGGGUAAAGGAGCUCGCGGGCGCCUGGGCAGGAAAGAGGAGGACUCUGGGAUACCCAAGGCGGUGCAGCUCGACGAGAGCCAUCCGUUCGCCGUCACCUCGGUGGCUUGUUGUCAUGGCAACACACUCCUGGCGGUGAAACCGCUGUUUGAGGAGUCCCUACCAAAGUGACCCCCAUGUGACUGAGAGGAUGGGGGGGUCAAUAAGGACCACGGGAGACAAAAGCCCACAUGAAGGACACCACAGGACGACGGAGGACGCUUCCAAUCGCCCUCUGGAGAACGCUUCAAACAUGGUGGCUUUUAGCAAAGGACCACAUGCUACAUAUCCCUAUUAUACUGCCGUGCAAAACAAGAACGCAGUAACUUGAAAAUGGUCGAAAUUGAGUUUAGAUCGGAAAUGGGCUUUAAACUACCUCAUUUGUCUUGUGUCAAAAAACUGUGGUCCAACAUCGUCCCGUUUUGGAGAAAAAUCAUGUUGAAAGUGCAAAAAUUAUGUUACGUCGUACAAAACAAAAAUGCAGCAAGUCGGCGAGUUACUGCUGCAAUUUCCAAUGGGAAUGGUUUGGGAGUAGACAGUAAUACUAACCAAGAACGCAGUAACUCCUGCAGUAACUCAAUUUUGGGGCAGUAACACCAGCCAAGAACGCAGUAACUCCGUUUUUGUGGCAAAAAGACUCAUAAAUGUUGUUUUUUCGGGGUUUGUUUUGUGUGCAUUUAAUUUCUAUCCCAAAAAAAUAUUACAAGGAAGUGUCACCACCUCUUAAUCGACAACACAGUUGUCGGGCCAUAUAGGAAACUUUGAUGCCUUUUUUCUCAGUUUGCCAAAAUCUGAGUUACUGCGUUCUUGUUUUGUAGGGCAGUAUAGCCAUAAUGCACGCCGUUCCACCAGUGAAACGCAGUAAUAGUCAUUGAGAAGUUAGCUACUAUAGUACUGCUACACUACAAUGACACAGCACAGGGCCUUCAGUAAUGCACUUUGAAUUUAUAACACCGUACCUUAAUGGGAUACAUAGUAAUAAUGUAUUUUAAAGUCUUUCAAAACGUUACAAAGUGAUGUAUGAGGGAUAUUUUAGGUCAGAAGUGCCAUUUUUUACUACAACCUCUUGGCUCUCUGACCAUUUUCUUGUUGAGUGAGGCCAAUGUGUUUUAAUGCAGGGCUCAUGAACAUGGAAGACAUCCCAUAAUAAUACCUGUACUUGCCACAUUGUCUUCUGGAGAAUGCUUCUAAGAUGGCCGCAUUCAGCCACCACACAGCAUUCAAUGAAUAAGCAGCGACUGAACAAUGGCAAAUGAUAUUGCAGGAACUGUAUUAGUGAUACAAUGUCAUAUACAUUUGUAGACAAUGUCUGUACAUACGUGGUACUCAGGGCACACUGACUACU